ACUUGAUGUAUGGGGACAUAUAAUUUUACGGCUCUCAAAGCAUCAUGGUAAGGCCCGUGCUGGAAAAAAAAUGGCGGCAAUAUCGAACUUAGUAAUUGUUUUCUAAAAAACGUAUAUAACAAUCAUGUGAAAUUAUACGGAGAAGUGAAAAAGGGAGAAUGGCAGGAAAGAUACGUCUUGCGUCAUCUGGAGGCGAUAUAAAGAUCUGGGACAUGCCAGAACUAAGUAUGAGUAAAGCAUUCAGCCCUCACUCGCAGCCUGUUGGUUCACUAUGUUGGAGCCCAAACGGUAUCCUUCAAGUUCAUGUAGACUUGUAAUUUAUGCUUUAUAUCGUAUGCUGUGUUAUGUGGUACUAAGCUGUGGUAUUUACUUUUCAAUGUUUUUUAAAGGCGUUGAACCUUCCUCUUUCUUUACUUUCAAAGCAAAUCAAAGAAGGAAUUUCUUAAUCCAGUUCCCAGUUCGAUGUGUGAUGUUUCGAGCCGUUGUUUAUAAGAUUGUAUUGGCUUCAAUUUGCAUUUCAAUAGAAAUAAACUCUUAGUUUUGCUUGCCUUUUCAUUGAAAAAUUUUACUCGAGUAUCAAGCAGCGUAUGAUAUUUGACCUGCAGAAAAAAGUAUAAGGAACUAACUUUAUUUCCUAUUCGAAUAUAGAUCUGUUUUCACUUCGCGCAGUUAAUGUUUGCCCAACCGAUUUGAGAUCAAAAUGUAUGAACAGUUGUAAUCUAUUUUAUCAUUCCAAGACACCUUUAACUCAAACAGCUGACUAUAAUUGGCACCACACAGCUUUCUCUUUUCGUGCAACCCCAUACGUUAAUUAUGCAUGCAUGUUUUGACUCUAUACCUAUUAAACUAUUUGUGAGAAAAAGUAUGAAAUUGCUGUAUGCAUGCAUAAUAAAUGUAUGGGGUAAUACAGAAGUCUGACCCUCUCUUUUACCUAUUACAAAAAUUGCUUUUGGACCAUCUCGUGAUGUUAAAAUUUCAACGACAUUGAAAUAUUUGGCUUCAGUUAAACUUAUGCUUACAUCCUUAUUUUGAGCAUCUUGUACUUUAAAAAUAAUGAGGCAAAAAGGCAUAGCCUACUGAAAAUGUGAAUUUCUUGCUGUGGAAACAUUAAUAACAAAAGAAACCAUGGUCUCUUGUGAAUGAAAUAUUUCAUUUUCUUACCAUUUGGAAAUAUCUUCAUCAACUCCUUGCAUUUCUUUCCCAUAACCUAUUACAAUGUUGUAGAUCAAUCCAGUCCAUGGUGUAACUGGGACAAAGUUCUUAAAAAAAUGUAAAGCUAAUCAAGCCUAUGUUUUAUACAUUAUGUUCCAAAUUUAACACAUUUUUUCAGCUGUAUUUCCUUGACACCAACAUCAGGUCAAUGUCUGGCAAGUGCUGCCAAUGACAAAGUUGUUGUCACAUACAUAAAGGGGGAUGUGUAUGAUACAAGUGAGAUUAAUGCUGGGGUAAGUGUAUCAAAAAGGUUAAUUCAAGGUUGUACCAUUGUGGUAUUAAUACAGAAAAAUACAAUCAAUAAAGCUGCAUUAGAACAAAAUAAUGUUUUUAUUGGCCAAAAAUACGUGGGACAUUAAAAGUGAAUCAAAAUUUAUCUUUACUUUUUUGUUUACAAUAUGAAAUACUGAAGCUCAAAAUAAUCCUUGCAAUUCUGACUUUGUACUGAAACAAUGGUUGAACUGCUUUAUUGUGCAAAAUUAGCAAACCAUAUCUUGUGGGCUGUGCUUUAGCAGCGGUGAUGCCAUCAGUGGCCCUUUUCACCUUUCUUUUACCCUUAGAUGAUAAGGAAAUCUUAGUUUAUUCAUAGAACGUCUUUGCUGGGUACUCUGGAGUUCACAGGUUCAGAGAAUUGGGCAGUCUGGCCCCUUCAAUUUUUUCUGAGCGCACAACCUUGAACUUUCUUUUUCUCAGAAAUGAUAUGAUGCUGUUACUUUUGCCAAAAAUGUUUGCAAAAAAUUAUCUUCAAGUAUUAAAUAUGUCAUUAUUUUGAAAAAAAGGAGCUGCUCCCAUUUGCAGGGUGCACCUGUCCAGCGAUUUAAUGUUGUAAUUUAUGCAGCUAGUAUUAACAUUUUGGAAGAUUCUUUUGAUUUUCUAAUGAUGGUUUUACUUGAAACACUGGUGUUCACUUUUGUGGAUGAAAAGCUUGCAUCCUGUCAUGUUUCCAUUGUUAUUAUUUCUAAAAUUACCCACUAGGUACUGUGAAUUAUAAAUAUAAUAUUAUCAUUAAUUUCAGGAAGGAAAUACCUGCGUUGCUUUCAAUUCAUCUUCUCGAUAUUUGCUGACUGGUGGAAAAGGCAAGACUCUUAAUAUUUGGGACAUGAAGACAAAAAGUAUAAAGAAAACAUAUAAGGUUUGUUUAUUGUUCAAAGAUUACCCAAAAACCAAAAUUCUAGGACCAUGAAAAAAACGUUUGGUAAAAUCAUGGAAAAGGAAGUUUAUGGUACCUUGCAAGAUUUAUAACUCAGGUUUUUCAUUAAGAAUUCUAGUAGCAGGGGAAAGGUGUAACUUUACAGGAAAAUAUUUUGAAAGAGGCUCCACAUCUGAAUGAAAAAUAGACAUAGGCUAUGGAAUGUUAGCCAAACUCUGCAUAGCAAACAGAAUUCUCCCAUCCCUGAUGCCUCAUGAACACCUUGCAUACUGAAAUAGUAGUGUCUUUUUCUUUUAUGUCCCAUCAAGAAGUAGAAGUUACUUAUUCAAUCAAUCAAUCAAUCAACAACUUUAUUUAAGUGUCUAGUCUUCUAGCUUGCCGUCAGGCCUACUAAUUGGGGACACUACUUAAAUAACUUAUUAAUAAGAAAUAUAUAUACAUGAUACUAUAAGCCAAUAAGAUUUAACUAUUCUAAAAACUACUUAAAAGAUACACGAUAUUCAAUAUGCUUCGAAAAUACACCUAUGUAAUGAAUAAGAAAAAAACUAUGUAUACAAUUUCAUAAUAUAUCAACUCUACCAGUUAUGAUGUUUCCUGUUUAUGAAUUAUGAGUCACACAGGUGGCACCCUUUGCAUGCGUUAUCACUAACCAAUUUGCUCAGAUUUUUUUCUCCUUAUAUUUGCUUUAAACCUACUUAGGGAGGUCUCGUUUCUGUCCUUCAUACUCAAUUUUGACCAUAAAAAUGGCCCAAAAAAUCUGAGGGAAUGCUUUCCAUAUUUAACAGUUUUUACCCUUUGAACGUGAAAGUCCGAGUUCCUCAGGUUGUAAUUCGAAGACGAUGACGAGAAGAGUUCUAGUAUGUUGUAAGGCAGUAAUCUAUUCCUUAUUUUGAACAUAAAGAUAGCGAUAUCUUGUAAUCUCAUGUUAUAUAGACUAGUCAUUCCAGCGUGUGUAAGAAGGUCACCAUAAGGAGAGACUCGAUCUUUGAAGACUGUACGUAGUCCUCUCUCAUUAAUUCUCUCUAGCUUGUUUCUGUCGCUUGCUCGACAAAAGUGCCACACCAAGCUACAGUAUGUGAGAUGGGGUAAAACUGCAGUUUUAUAUAUCCGUAGUUUGGCGUUCAUCGGGAUCAGAUUCUUUAGCCUUUGAAGAACACCAAUCAUUUUACUGGUUUUUAUGCAGACCUCUGAUAUAUGCUGCGAGAAAUUCAAGUCCUUAUCAAUAAUUAUGCCUAGCAGUUUGAAUGCAUCGGUAAAGUUAAUUCUGCAAUCAUCAAUCACUAGCUCCAUUUGUUGUGUGUCCCUUGCUAUAGCCAUUGCUUGGUAUUUGCUAUAAUUGCCUUGCAGAAAAUUUGUCUUAUACCACCUCGAUGUCUCUUCCCCAUCUUCCUUAAUUCUAUCUAUAGCAGAGUGCAGAUUCAAAUUGGAGCAGUAGAUCUGAUGGUCAUCGGCAUAGGCAGACAACUGAGAUUUAACGCCAGUGUAGAAUAAAUCGUUUUGAUACACGUUCCACAACAGCGGUCCCAAGGAUGACCCUUGCGGGCAGCCUCGUUUGACAGCUUUCCAAUCACUUGUGUAGUUGCCAACUCUUGUUCUGUUUUCCCGAUCAUCAAAAUAAGAUCGCAUUAAUCCCAAAGCGGGGUCAGACAGCCCAUAGGCUUUUAACUUUGCCAGUAACAAAUUUGGAUGUAAUGAGUCAAAAGCUUUGCUCAUGUCCGUGGAUAAUAUCACUGAUGCAUGCCCUUUGUCUGCUGCAUGCUUCCAAUCUUCAGUAAGGCGUAUCAAGGUCGUUUCGCAGCUGAAGUGUUUGCGGUAAGCUGACAAAAAGGUAUCGAAAAUUGGCUCAAACUUUUCACUUAGUUGUUUGCAUAUUAGCUGCUCAAAGAUUUUAUCAACCGCAGUUAGCACGGUUACUGAUCUGUAAUUAACUUUAUCUAAGGGGUCUUCCUUCUUAUAAAUCGGGAUCCACUCUCCUCUUUUCCAGGCGCUGGGCCAACGAUUUUCCUCAAUAGCCUGAUUAAAUAUAGUAGUCAGUGGUGUUGCUAGCAGUUCUGCUGUCAUUUUAAGUACUCUUGGAGGUAACAUAUCAUAUCCUGUUGCUUUAUGGGGAUUAAUUUCUCUCAGUGCUGCGAGGACCUCAUUCCUAUCCAGUCUUCUGAAACUGAAUGUAUUUGGAUCGUGUCUGGCAUUUAUGCUCGCGACACUAUGAUGUUGAUAACAUAGAGCCUCUGUUAGAGUCCCUACGUCAGUCCCACCAAUGUGAUCAGCUAUCGAACAAAAGUAGUUGGUAAAUUCUUGUGCCACAAGCCUCUGGUCCUGGUGUGUAACACCUUCGAUAUUAAGAGAGAUUAAACUUUUGUCCUUUUUUGGUUUGGUCCUGAGGAACGGAGUAAAGGUGUUAUAGAAUUUUCUUGAGUUAUUAUUCAUGUCCUCACAUAUGGCAUUCCAAUAAUUCUUGAUCGCCUUUCUUCUUAAUCGUGUGGCAUUAUUGCGCCAUUUCUUCAUUAACUCCAUGUUUUCUUUGGUUUUGCUUUGACUGAAUUUCUUGGCAUACUUUCUCUUUUUCCGGAUGGCUUCCUUCCACUCACCCGUCAUGUAUGGUAUGUCUAUCGUCCGUGCUUUAACUCUCUUUAAUGGCAGGUGUUUAUCCACAAUCCUCAUUAAUUCCGUGUACCAAUUAUCAUAUAGCUUAUCAACUUCUGUCACAUUUUGUUCAAACCAUACUGCUUCCUCCAGAUCUUUUUUGAAUUCUUCCAUAUCUAGUUUUUUAAAGCUUCUGCAAGUAAUGAUGUCUGCUGUGUGUUUUUUGACAGUUUCCUUGAGAAAACCAUAUACCAUACAAUGAUCACUCAGGCCAAUAUCACUGACUCCAGCAUUUUUAAAAAGAUCCGGUUGAUUUGUCAGGAGUACGUCCAAGAGCGUCUGCGAUGUAUCCGUAAUUCGUGUGGGUUCAGUAACAAGACAUGUCAGCUCAAAGACUUCCUCAAUGUCUCUCAGCAGCUUUGCCUCUCUUCCAUUUACCUUAAGUUUAUCCAUGUUUAAAUCUCCCAUGAUGAUAACCGUAGAGAAUUGCAUGGUGGCCCACAUAAGGCAUUCAUUGAACUCUUUUUCCAGCUCUGCAUAGUAAUUGGUGCCUCUACAAUGCGGAGGUCUGUACAGACCCAAGAUAAUUGCAUUUGUGUUUGUAUCAAUUUUUCGUUAACUUAUAAUUCUUCUCAUUUGUCAUGGUAGUUUACAUUUCAGCUGUUUAUUUUUUUUGUUAGGAUCACAAAGAUGUAGUAUCCUGUGUUACAUUUAACUGGAAUGACACAUCCAUUGCAUCUGGCUCUGUGAAUGGUGAUAUACUGCUUCAUAAUGUCAUAUCAGGACAAGCCUCAGAUCCUCUCAGACUUGUUAAAACUCAGGUAUUUUAAUGUCCUUACAGUUAUUAAACAGUAAGUUGAGAUUUUCUUCAGAAAUUAUAUUGGGAGUUAAUUACAGUGUACGUUAAAAAUGUCAAAAAUUAUUGAUUCUUAAGUACUUGAUCUUGUAUCUUCAUUGAUCUUUUGCAGGCAGUACGGGACAUUCAGUUUUCACACUUUAAAAAGAGUUUACUUGGUGCUGUCAGUGAUGAUUCAGCUCUUAAUCUUUGGGACUCUAACACUCGCAAACUUUUCACAUCAUUUGCAUCAGAUCACAAGGCCCCUGCCACAGGUCUUAGUUUCUCCCCUAUGAAUGACAUGCUUCUCUGUAGUGUGGGUCUGGACAAACGAAUUGUGUUUUAUGAUGUACAGGGCAAAAAGUAAGUAUUUUGUUUAUGUAUGUAAUAUAUUUCACCACAACUACCUGAGAUAUCUAGCUAUAAUAAAUUCCUUAAGUCUGAAACAUAGUUUGAGCAUAAAAGUAAUGCUCAAGGUUCUGUGAUAUUUCAAGUUCCAAUUUUUCCUGUUUCAGGUGUCCUUGCCAGGAUUUGCUUAUUAGUAAAUAUUGAAAUCAGUCAUUUAAAAGCAUUUUAAUGCAGGGCUAAAAGUUAGGUUGUGGUCUAGCUGAUGUCACAGAAACAGACAGAAAAGGAGGUCAUAUGCCUACAAAAUUAUGACUGGCUUAAGUGGUGAUUGAUUCAUGACACAAACAAAAAAAGGAAAACACAUUAUUCAAUGAAGUCCCAUGUAACUGAUUGUUGGUGGAUGUAGACAAUGCACCACGGCUGUCAUUAAAAUUUCAAGUUGGCCGGGUAAAUGAUACAAGUAGGCAGGGAAUCAAACAGCUAGGGAUAUUGUUUGGUUCUAUUUUUCUUCUAUUUUCCUACUAAAGUAGGCGGGAGUAACAUUCAUACCAGCCAUGGAAAAUCCCCUUCCCUUCAUGACAGUCCUGCAAUGUACAGACAUAAAACAUAAACAAAAUCAUGUAAUAGUCAGUUAAAAGUCAACGUACAUUGUUUGGAGCUACUUUAGCUAGGACUUCCUUGCUACUUGCCAGCUAUUUACUAAUAUUUAAACCUUUGUGUUCUUAGAUCAGUAAAAGUUAUGACAGCAGAAGCACCUUUGACCUCUGUUGAUUUUAUGUCUGACGGAGCAACUCUUGCAGUUGGAUCAACUAGAGGUGUGUUACUAUGGAUUUCUUGCACUAAAUUUACAUUUUCUUUAGUAUGUUGGAUUGCAUUUUCUUUAUUACUAAAGCUUUUUUUUACCCAUAAAUCCAAGGUGCAUUCUGAUCCAGUUAAUAAUCAUACUUAAUGAACUAAUAAGUUAGCCGUAAAAUUAAACCAUAAAGUCAGUCUGUUUCUGCUGUAAGUGGAAACACCGUGGUUCAAGUUGGUAACAUGUUUAGCUUUAGAUUUUGAGGUCAGGACUAAGUUAGAAAUGAAACUUAUUAAUUUUUUUGUUCCACAGUGACUAAAGGCCUCCACCCUUGACAGUUUAUUAACUGGGGAUCUCUUUGUCCUUUCAAAGUGUGAAAACAAAUUAUUUUGACUCAUACAUGUAUUUGCCACCAUAGUGGACAAAGUUUUGGGUCAAUUGUUUGCAUCAGUGUAUGAAUGUAUCUUAGUCUACAGCACUGUAUGGCUUAUUGACAUUAGUAGAAUUAUGAUUCAGAUUUUUUUUUAUUACCUGUUGUAGGUAAAAUAUACAUAUAUGAUUUGCGCAGUGGGUCCACACCUGUCUCCACAACAGUAGCACACAAAACAUCUGUUCAAUCACUUGCAUUCCGGUCUUUAAGCAAGGUUAGUUUUUGUUUUCUUGUUCUCAUUAAACUUUUCAAUUUAACUGUUACUGGUAAUUUAGUGCCCAGGGAGUUUAUUUUUUCAAGCACAUUUAAGAAGGGCUUGAUAAAGAGGUGGGCUUAUUAAAUUUAGAUACAUGCAUUACCGGUAGCAAAAAAGGGAGUAACAGACUAGAAUUAUGAUUGAAUGUGGAGAUUUAUUAAGUGAAUAUAAAAUUAUAAUAUGUUUCACUUGAAAUUUAUGAAUUACAAAAAUUGUAACAGAAGAUACCUGAAGAUGGUAUCAAUUCUCCAUUAGGAACUAGAACACAAAGUGGAAAGCUCAAGCACUUGAAAUUGGAGGUCACGCAGCCAACGAUCAAAAACAAAUAAGAACUACAUGUACCAACAUAUGAAUAAAUCAUAGCGGAUCAGCCUACAUUCUUGUAAUCAUGAAUCAUGUUGAUUUGUAUGGCCACCAGUUUGUUUGUUUUUACUACUAGACAAAGUCGGUCUCACGUAUGUGAACUGAGUUAGCAACUCAGUAGUUACUAGACCAUUCAAAUAAUCAUCAUUUGUUUUUCUCCACAGGUUAAUAAUGCACCUACAGCCACCAGCAAAGGUACAAGAUCAAGUGCUGUGCUUAGUGGUAGACCACAAAAACCAUCAGACAAGCCUGAUGACACAUCUAUCCCCCCUCCAUCCUCGCCAACACCUAUGCCUGAACAGCAAGAUAACACUGCACAUACACCAGUAAUAAAACAAAAUGGUGUAAAAGAGGAUUCAGAGGACAUCUUCUCACCCCUUAGAGAAAGUAUGUUAUUUUAAUAAGCAUUUUUUGAAAGGGUUUAUAACAUUUUUAUACAAGGUCCUUCACCCAAAUGUAAACCUGAAAGUAGGAAGGGAAUAAAGGGGGUCAGUAAACUGUAAAGAAAAGUGUAAAAGAAAAGAAGAAUGCAACACAGAACCAUAAUUUUCCGAAAUUUCUAGAAACCACUUUGUUGGGCAAACCAAAUUACAAUACUGCAGGAUAAAACAAAGAGACUUGAGCAAAAACCAUUAUGACCCUGCUCCCGGCAAAAAUCCAGGCCUGGUUAUUUUAAUAUUAGGACCAGUUUCUGGCAAAUGCAGUCCUACCAUUUGGGAGGGCUAGGACCAUCUUCAUCUUGUUUUGUCCAGCAGGUGAACUUUUAACUUAUAAUAUUAUUAAAAUCUUCCAGUCAAGACUCCCGUGGUCAACAGCAGACAGGCUCCUGUUACUGGAUCAAAUAACUUCAAGGAAAACAAUCCACCUGAUGGUAAGAAUAUUUCACUACCACUCCUAUUGGGCACCUUUGUACAAUAUCUAUUGUCAUAAUUUGCCACUCUCUGAGAUCUUUUAAACCUGUGGAAGAAACCCUAUGGUGUUACCAUUCAAGUGAAACCUUUAUGGCCGCACUUUUGUGAAGUACUAUUGGAUUUCUUAGGGUUUUACAAAAAGAAAUUUUUUACUUUGGUGAAUAUACACUACAUUAGAAUCCUCAUUUCUUGAAUCGUACGUCUUGUUUUAUGUUCACUUAAUUUUUGGUAAGUCACAUUUAUGAUGAUUAAUAAUUUAAGCAACUUUUAAAUUAAUUACAAUAGGUAAAGUUUGCUGCCUUACAGUUGCUUUGAAAUUAGACACAAAUGUGGGCAAUUCCACAUGAGAAGUGAAAAAUCAAAAAUUAUUAAAAGAAGGAUAUUGGAAUUAAUUUCUGUGCCAGUAAAGAGAAGACACAUCACUGUAUUAAAAACAUACAGGUCAUUUCUGUUUUCGCCCUUCUGCACUCCGCAGGGGGUCUACUACUCAAUAGGUCAUAUAAACAAGGAAAGCGUGGGACCCACAGGUGCAAGUUAAGGAACAAUUUGUCAAAAUGUCAAAAUCAAUCCAGUCCACUGAAACUGUGGUAUAAUUAGACCAUAAGCCUUUUUUUCACACGAGAAAAAAAUUUGAUGGUUUUCAAUAAUUUUUCCCCAUUUUUGGUUAGUUGAAAAUAUCUAAGUAGAUGAGUAAUGUCCAUCACAAAAAUUUCACUUCUUUCUUUGUGUCAGACAGGAUUUAACUCUUUAAUCAAAACAACUUCUCCUGCUCCUUGGAUUUGUUAGUGCCAUCAUUUGUCUGAUAAGCUUUUUAUUUCUAGUAGGCUUUUUAAUCAUAGAAACUAUUUCAAAGAUAGGUAAUGUCCAUAACGUAAUGUCCAUAACAAUACAAGUCUCUAAGGAAAAAUGAGCAUUCUUAAGCAUCUUUAUACAAAUAUCCAAAGGUAUUGAACCAAGUGACAGUUAGGGUACCAACUGAGCUCUAUAAUUUAUCCACAAUGAAUGAAAUAAUGCUAAAGCUAAACAAAAGUUUCAGAUUUGCAUAACAAGAAAUUCAAACAGUGCUGAGUGGGAAACCAUGUUCUUCUUAAAAGACCAAAAUUGUUUUAUUCACCUAAAAACUGAUCAGCUGUGUAGCAUCUUAAUGAGACUUUCUUUGCUUUUUAAUUUCUUUAAACAUUUUUUCAAUGUUUUGCUGUUUUGGAACAGCAAAUGGGCAAGCACUCUCUAGGGUGACAGGGCCGUAAAACACACAAGAGAUGUGCACAUCAUCAACGUCAUCCUGGCUGGGCCAGUCGGUCAGUUCAUGUAACUUUCAGAGUACAAUGAGAUGUCAUAAUUUGAUUAAAACUAGUGGUUGGUGGUUUUCUUUCCAAGAAUGUUAAGAGCAUGCUCUGAAAAGGAAUGAGCUGACCAGCCAUAAUUACAAUACAGCUUUUGUGUGCUUUUGUUUUCAUUUAAUUUUCAGGGCUUCUAUUUAUUGCUGAUGGUAAACUUAACACAUAAAAAUAAAUGAAAUAAGCAAUUUUUUUAGCAUCAUAGUACACAUAAUAUAAUUUUCAAGAAAAAAUUCACAGACAGUAAUGUCCGUAACACUUGGUGUAAUGUCCAUAACACAACCUUUUAGGGAACCAAAGCAGUAAGGGUAGACCUCAGAGAAAUUUAAUGUAACUGAAGAAAACUUUGAGCAUUUGCCAAUAAAAAAUAUGAAUUUGUUUCCUUCAAAUGUUUCAUAAAUCACAGGAACUGAGCCUUAAAAGUCGUGAUUAAAAUUGGUGGUUGUUUUAGCUGUAAUGUCCGUAACAGGCCUUUCAGUCAAAAUCAGAGGGAGCUAAAAAUUUUUUCUCCGAGUAUUUUUUUAUUGAGCAAAAGGCAAGUCAUUAUGGUGCAAUGUGGUUGAUACAAAACAGCAAUAUACUGCAUAUUGUGAUCAGGACAGGAGAUAAAAGUUAAAAAAUGCUCUCUGAGUGUAAUGUCCAUAACGGUGGAAUUGCCCAUGUUGUCUUGCUUGCUUUGCAUAUUUUAAAAAUCACAUGUGUUAUUAGAAAAUUGAACUAAGACAAUCUGGUUUUUUUUUUAAAAAUAUACGUAGAUAAUAAUAUACUUGUACUGGUGUCAAUAAAAGGAAUAAUAGAAAUCAAUUAAAACUGUUUAAUUUAUUAUUUUUUCGCACAUUAGCUGGAAAGGAAAAGGGAAAAAUAUCCCUUACCUGUUUGGCGAUAGUCUAUAUUAUGCAUAACUGGUAAGAAACUGUAGGGUCUUUACUUUGUCUCAACAGGUUCAUACAGGUACCUUGAACAUAGUGGUUGUUUCAUUCUUGAUUGUGUGGUGGUCACAGUUGGUGACUGCUUUGUUUUCAGUACCAUGAUUUUCUUUGUUUUUUCCCCUUUUCAAAGUUCAUUAAGAUAAGAAUUUAUUAUUAUCAAAAUGGUAUUCAGAUAAAAUUAUAUGUGCUAUGAAACAUAACCUAGAGUGCAGAAUGUAGAGUAAUAAAAUUAGUUGAGGAAAGCAAAGAGGGUAUGGCUGCAUGUAAGAUAUUGGCCUGCUGUUCUAAGCAAAGGUUUUCACCACAACACUAUAAUAAUAUUACUUGAUGGAGCUUCUAUCUUGCUGUGCGUAGAAGCAUUCAUUUGUUCCUUACUACCAUCAGUCCCUAAUUUUGACUCAAACUAACUCUGAGAGAAGCAUGGUAACUACAGCAUAUUUUAUUAACAUUCAUAUCUAGAACUAAUUUUUACAUAAGUGUCUGGUUCAAUAAACACAAAUUAUUAUUCUGACCCUUAAAGUGUAUGAUGGAUUUCUUUAAUUGAGGGUCUAUAAAACAUGAAUAAGGUUAUCACUAUGUACAGUUACUCACAUGUGGAUAGUUCAUGUGGAGAUAUUGCAUUUAUGCCAGACACAACACAAAGGUAUUCAGCCUUCUAAGUUUUUUUCUCAAGAAACCAUCUCUUUUGGGAAAGUAGCAAAGUGUACUUAUGAGUCGACGUAGGUCAACAGCUGUGUACUAUAGAUGCCAUACAGGUAGACAUUUUUAUGUAUUUUUAUUUUUCAUUGGGUUCUUUCAACUGAGUGCCUUUUUAAUUCCUUUUUGAGCAUCAUAUCUCAGUUGCGGGUUGAAGGAUUUUGUGUUCUCACUAGCUAUCCAGCUUCUGAAUAAUGCUGAUUUUUGCAAGCUCUCUAGUUACUGUACACAGUUCAGAUAAGCUCUUCAGUUCCUUUGAAAUCAAAAAGGCUCAACAACUUAAUUAACCACCACAAAUUUCUAGAAAAACUUAGAUUUAAUUCUUCAGCGGUCCGUUUGUGACAGUGAAGAUUCUGUUUUGUAACCCUUAUUAACACUAUCAACACUGCCGAAAUUUGAGGCAAACUCCAAAUUUCAUAAUAAACUAGUCAUUGAUUUCAGGUCAGGUUUACUCAAAAUUAUUGAUAUCUUUUUAAUUUUUUUUCAAGUACAGCUUUGACUUUAGUCCAAACUACCUCUUUUUAUAAGCACCCACUCAGGGUGUUGCUCACAAUAUCAGGGUGCCAAGAAAAUAAAUUUUUUAGUGUUGGUACUGAAGAUGUACUAGCCCAUAACCAUUAAGUCAAGUAUAUCUUCAAGUACAGUGUAUAUUUAUCCAUGCAGUGGCCCAACUACAAAAUCUACCAGCUGUGGGGGUUUCCUGUUAAAUGUGUCUUACAUUGCACAAUGAUGAUGCUUGGGCCAUACUGUGAUAGACUUAUACUAUCACAACCAGGUAGAGAAACAAAGGAAUACUUUUAGGUGCAGAACCAUAAACUCCAUUGGACCCCAUGGGUUGACCACAACAGCUUUCGCUAUAAAUGAAAACCCUUAUUUAAUAUUAUUUACUUUUUAAUUUGCUCUUUUUUGAAAGGAUCAGGAGUGUUCUCACCAAUAAGGAGCAACUUAUCAUUAGCCUCAAGCACUGAGCCACAGCAGUCGGUCUCUUCAACCAUCACUGUACCAGACUCACCAAGAACUCUUGGAGUGACGACAGCAUCAGUAUCAACACCCUCUUCCUCAAAAUAUGCUCGCUCAUCUACUAGGUCUCUCACAGAAGUAGGUACAGUAAAGGAACGAUCACAUGAUGGUAUGUCCAAAUCACACUCAGACACCAAACUUAUCACCAGACCCCCACCUGAUGCUAGUCUUGGUGGGAACCUGAUACCAAGUGCUACUAGGCACCAGUCUCAAGGAGAGUAUUCAUCGGGGAAAUCACAUGUUACAGAGUUGGAUGGAGAUGACAGACAGCCAUUCAGUGGGUCUUUACCUAGCUCAGGAAAUAGUCGACCAUCAAAAGCACCACAUGUAAGUAAAACAGGUGCAAAGAGGUACUGACCGAUAUUGAUAAUGCUGGUACUAUGCCCCUAUAUAGCCCACUGCACUGUCGGGUCAAAUUUGUCAUGCCAUGUUUAUUUACUCAUUUAAAAGAAACACUUGCCUCAUUUAGCUUGUGGUACAAACAAAAGAAACCUAUUGUUUCAAACAGCAAUGAAACUACCAGAGCAAUGAGUGUAUCCCGUUCUGAGUGAAGUGAAUUGAGUAAUACAAUGUUGCCUUUCUGUGCGAAUUUGCAUCAUCGGAAUCAGUGUUCACCACAUGAAAAUGGAUCCUUUCUGGCAAGAUCUACCCAGAUGUAAAGUCACUUUUUGUAUUUAGUAAUCCCCAGUUUCUACUAACCAUGUUCAAUCUUAUGUGCUAUGUGUUGUUAUAACAGUCCCCACUUGGAUCCCCCUCUCAAUCCAGAAGGACAAUAGAAGCAACAGGAGUAGCAGAUCAGUUCUUAGCUCACACUCGAACAGAGUUACAAGGAGGUAAACACAAUAAUAUUAUUAUAACAUUUGAUGUGUUAGGUGUCAGGCUGACUAUUUCCUCCUCCACAGUGUAGCUGUUACACAUUAAAAUAAAUUCUGGUUAAAUUUUUUAACCUAGAUUAAUUCUGACUCACUUUUUUUUUGUCUCCUAGCCUUUGUUCAUGAAUAAUUAGGGCUUGGAGACAAAGGAAAAUGUGAAUCAACCUAGGUUAAAAAAACUCAACCUGAAUAUGGUUUUCACCUGUAACAUAAUAGUAAGGUACAUUUGAUUCGUGAUCAUCAUCAUCAUCAUCAUCAUCAUCAUCAUCAUCAUCAUCACUACUUAAGCCGUACACUUGUAUUGAUCUGAAUGUAAGUGUUGUAUACGGUAUUUAUAAUUUUUUCAUUUUUUCACUAUCAACAGCUCAAAGUUUCAUAUUUGACAGCAUAAAACACAGUAUAGAGCCCUUACCAAGUGGAGCUGUCGCGAUGGCACCUCUAAAUGAAUCAGCGACGGAUGAGGCAGGUGCUUCCAGUGAUACAGCAGCUGGAAUGUUACCAUUUCAAGUGCAGUUCAUUAAGAACUUAAUAGAUGAAUCACUGGAUGAGUUCAGGUACAAAAAACUCUCAAUAAGGUUCACUGAAAAUAAGUCAGUUUAAGGAAUAAUGAAUAUUUUGUUAGGGUAUUCAGGGUUAAAUGAUGACAUCUCAAUGUCUUGUUUUCAGGGUGGCAAUUCAUAGGGAUUUUGUUAAUUUACAAGUGGAGAUGCUGAGGCAGUUUCAAAUUCAGCAAGUGAGUUAAAACUUUGACAUCAUUUCUUUGUUGCAAAUCCAUUAUCCAUAAACCACAUGAAAGGUGCUACAAGAAGUUGAUAGGCUGUAACAGUCAAUCUCUGCCUUGGUUCCUUUAAUAGGAGCUUUUAACACUUCCUAUAAUACUGGUCCAAUUUUAAUAAAGCAUUAUGCACCAUGCUUAGAAUAACCUACAAGUAAGCCUUGUUUAAGUGCAUAAUCAACAGUAGGUCUGCAGUAUACAUUCUCUUUCCCUCUCUAUUCACACCCAUGUCAUGCACCUGAUGGCCUUGAUUUUGUCCCCUCUCUUCACAGAGCUUGCCCACUGUCUGGUGAACUUUUAUAUAUGUAAAAUGAUAUUAAUUAUUUUAUAAAGUGUCUUUUUUUCAAUAAUUUGUAUCUUUAUUUAGAGCAAGUUGUAAUUUAAUAAAAAUUUUCAUCCUAAAUCUGGGUAACAUGCAUUGUGUUAUACCGUGACUGAUUAUUUUAGUGGUGCCAAUGUUUGCAUCUUUUGUAACAGAAUGAAGUGAAAGGAAUCAUAGAAAAGUAUUCAGUAAAUGAAUCAUUGGUGAAAGAGAUUGAGCGACUCAAGGAGGAGAACAACAGACUGAAAUCUAAAUACUAAUGAUAACGUUUGGUGAGAACCUGUUAAAUUAAGCUAAUACCUAGAUAAGUAUCCAUCAUCAUCAAGGUGAGGGAUUCACU